ACAGGGGCCUGAAAAUCAUGCUUGAUAAGAACACAAACAGUUGCAACUCGCUGUUCGGCGCGAACACAACAAUAUAAUAGAAGGCAAGGCGAGGCGAGUUAUUGGAUCUGUUCUCAGUUGCUCAGUCAGAAUGCCCGAUAACAGCAACAAGUUCUGCGAGUCAAAUCAUACAUGCAUUCAAAUACCCAGCUGGAUCAAUGGGUCAUACUUUAAGAAGUUGCUAAAACGUGAGCUAAGCGAUUUUCGCAAAAUAUUGAAUCUCUCGAUAAUACCGGCCUCGCCGCCUGGCGAAUGCGAGAGCUACACCUCGCUGCUAAUGCGCAUUAUCAUCGACAUUGAAAUGAAAGAUGGCUUCACCCAGCAGAAAUCGUAUAUUAUGAAGACCAUGCUGUCGGAUGCAGAAGGCAUCGGAUUUGUCAAUACUCUGAACAUCUUUCCCAAGGAGAAGCAGACGUAUGAGCUCAUCCUGCCACAACUGGAGCAGCUCUACCAGGAACAAGGUCGCACGGUGAAAUUCGCACCCAAAUGUCACUGGAUGGAGAAUGUGAAUGGUCGCAUCUCGCUGAUACUGGAGGACCUGAAGACGAAGAAGUUCAGCAAUAUCAAUCGACUCAAGGGCUUCAAUAUGAAGCAGAUGCAGCGCGUGCUGGAGAAACUGGCCGAGUUCCAUGCGGCCAGCGCGGUCUGGCAUCAGCGCAACGGUCCAUAUCCGGAGGAUUUCCAGCGAAUCUAUCUGCCAGCCAACUAUCACAGAUCCAAGUCGUAUCAGGCACGCAUACAGAGCUAUAAGACGGCCAUGGCCAGCUGGGGCUUCGCCAAUGCCGAGCUCUACACGAGCCGCCUGCCCACAGCGGAUCAAUUUGUGCAAUCGGCUGCGCAUUGCUUAAACAACGAUCCACAAGAAUUUCAAGUGCUUAAUCAUGGUGACUUCUGGUCCGGCAAUAUAUUGCUGAACACCACAGUGGCGGGUGACAUCAACGAGAUACGAUUCGUGGACUUUCAGCGCUGCAAGUGGGGCAGCCCCGCCCAAGAUCUGUGGGAGCUGAUCAUCUGCUCGGCGCAUCACAGUCUGCGGAUCAAGCAAUUCGACUGCUUCGUUCGCAUAUACCACACACAUCUGGUCCAAUGCCUCAAGCUACUCAACUAUGACAAGCCCCUUCCCCUCCUCAGGGAACUGCACAUGAGCAUGCUUCGGCAUGGCUUCUGGGGCUACUUCACCACGUUUAUGCAUCUGGCACUCAUUCUGCUGCCCGUGGACAAGGAUGCAAGUCUGCCCAAGCUAAUGCUGCCGGGCGAGGAAGGCGAUCGCUGUCGUACCAAGGUCUACACAAAUCCCUUGUAUGUGCGAGCCGCCUUAAGCAUAUUUCCGUUUCUGCAAAGGCGUGGCCUAUUAGAGUUUUAAUCUAUUCCAAUUUCUAUUUGCUUACCCACGUCUUGACGAAUUUCUACUAUCUGUAAAUAAAUGUAUAUAUAUGUAUAUAUAUGUAUAGAGAAGUCACUUUUUGACUAUCUUGCGGGAUUUAUCUCUUGUUUAGCUGCGGCAAAGUCUGCUGAAGAUUUUAUCUCGCACAAUACAGAGCAGAAAGAGAAAACAACAAGGAAAUAUGCCAGUAAGAAAUA